AUGUCAGCCUACCUAGCCGAACACCUCCCGCAUCUCCAGUCGCUACACGCACAACUCGCACUGGACACGACAGCCCUACAAGGGGAUCAAGAACGGAUCGAAACAGCCAUCAAAGCGGCGGUUGAGACGCUUCUCCGAGAGAGGGAACUACAGGUGGAUGAGUACAAGGAUGUGAUUGCGGGGCAGAAGAGACGGCUGGCGUGUCUUGCGAGGGCGGUAGGUGAUAAAGGGCGGAAUGUGAUACAGGAGAGCAGAAGGGAGAGUGUGGAGAAUGAGAGUUUGCCGAAGCAGUUGGAGAGGCUCGUUAAGCAGUCAGAGGAGCUGGAGAAGGUAUAUGACGAACGCCUAAAGCAUAUCGAAAAACAACAAUCCUACCUGAAUCAACUCGCCAUCCUCCUCGGAGCACCUUUCGAGCCCGCCGCACCCCUGGCUCCGAUAGCUUCUGGGUCAAACCACGGCAGUAUGGUACCGCCCGCACCUGGUCUCGCUCGGAUCGUCAGCGGCACAGCUGCCGGCGGGCGUUUAUCUGUCGAUCGGAAAGGUCGGAGCGAUUCCGUCUCUGUCAUCCCUGCGCCUCCAACGGCGGGAGAGGAGGGACUGUACGAUGUCAGCGAGGCGGUCACGGGGGAGCUGGAGAGUCGCGUCACUGUCGCGCUCGAAGAAAGGGCGAGCCGCCUAGUCGACCUCGAAUCAUCAAUGCACGACCUCCGUACCCUCCACACCGAGCUCGCGCUCCCCCCGAUCCCUCUUUCCCACCCACAUCAUUUCCCACUCCACCUCCUCCCCAAUCGAUCCACCGAAGAGACGCCAGGCGCGCAGCAGGGGUAUGAGCGACUCCUGGCGAGAGUGGUGACGGAGAAGGUGGGGAUGGUUCCUGGUGUGGACGAGGAGGGAGGGGAGAAUGAAGUGGAGGGGGAUUUGGAGAGUAUGCAGGGGGUAGAGCCGGAUGUGGGGUUGAUUCGGUGGGUGGAGGAGGUACGGGAAUUGUGGGAGAAGGAACAGGCCACUAGGGCGAUCCGGAUCCAAGCGAUAUACGACCAGCUGGAACCCCUCUGGCAGCGAUUACAGCUGGAUCAGGAUCAUAUUGAUCUUUUCAUCCAGAUGAAUAUCGGGUGUAGCGAGGCGGCCAUCAAAGCGUAUGAAGCAGAACUGGAACGAUGCCUCGAACUCCGCCGUUCCAGCCUCUCGUCGUUUAUCGUCUCUGUCCGCGCCGAGAUUGAUAGUCUAUGGACGGAGCUUAUGCUCUCGGACGAAGAGAAGUCGGACUUUGGGGCGUACAUCAAUGACGAUUACUGCGAAGAAUUACUCGCUGAGCAUGAAACUUAUAUCGAGCAGCUCCGCGCAGAGAUUGAGAGCAAGGCGAACCUCUUGCCGAAAGUGAGGGAAUGGCAUGCUUUGGUGGUGGAUGAAGAUGAGCUGGAGAGGGCGCAGACGGACCCGGAUCGGUUCAAGCGGAGGGGAGGGGCUAUGUUGCGGGAGGAGAAGUUGAGGAAGAGGGUGACUGUGGCAAAACCAAGAGUGGAGCAGGAGCUGUUGAAGUACUUGCCAGUUUGGGAAGAGGCGAACGAACGGCCAUUCAUGGUCCAGGGCGAGAGGGUGGUGGAUAAGAUACAUAAUGCGUUGGAAGCGAAAGAUCAGGCUAAAGAAGCCAAGAAGCGUAUAAGGAUGGGUCUUGCACCUACCGCCCCUCCGCCCCGUCCCCUCGCUCCCGCCAAAACAAUCCGUCCCACCCCUUUACCCUCCACACGAUCUACCGCCUCUUCCCAUUCCACGUCUAUAUCGGGGACGUAUGGCCGGAAGAGGGAAGCCCCGACGCCUACGCCGGUCAUGAUGAGUAUGAACAAGCGGCAGAAGGUGGCUCAGCCGCCGUCGGUCUCGCUCGGUACCGGCACGGGGAUGGGGACGGGGAUUCGACAACCGAGUCGGACACGGAUACCCUCCAGCGUGACAUCGACCAGUACCUCCAACCGGGUCGUCAGCGGCGGUACAGGCAGCGGAUCCGGAUCGGGUCUAGGGAGAGGGAGGGAUCCGAGUAGCUCGCCUACGCUCGUUUCUUGCCUUCUCCCUCGUCCAGCGCUAAGCGGCAAGCUCGUACCGCCCAUAUCGUCUAGUCGCAUCCCAUCCUACGCCGCCACCUCCACGACCAACGCCUCACUAUCGAUCCCUGGGACUGGAGGAGGUACGUCGGGGAAGGUGCAGGUCCCGCUUCCACCGCUACACGCUAUCGCCAAGGCGAACGGGCGGCGGCCGCCUCGGAAGAGCUUCAGGCCGAGGGCGAGCGUCGCGUGUGGGUUUGGGUUUAUCAGUGGGGUCGAGGUGGGAACAAGCGAUGAGGGGGAUGGGGACGGGUAUGGGCAUGGAGGGCAAGGAGAGGGGACGGGGAUGGACAUGGAGAUGAUGGAGGAGGAAGAGGGGGAUGUGUUCGAAUGA